GUUCCGUCGCGGCGCAAUUACUAGUCGCGGCAUGCUGUGAACAAAGUCAGUCAGCUCGCCUUUUUGUUGCCUUUGAGUUCGUCAUGAAUCGCACGUCUCGCUCAUUACCAAUGUACUACCCGCUAGCGUUUUUGUGGCUGGGCCUUCUACUAGUUUCCGCCAGUCUCGUUUGUGCUCAAACCCACGGUCCAGCCGAUAAUAAUUCGUCCAGACGUUCCGUGAAUUCCCUCGAAAGUUAUCCCGCCGUCGAGGCCUUUUUAGGCGACUGCAUGCAAAACUACGGACCCAAGGCAGUGGACCUUGUCAAGGAUCAGUGGUCGAAGACGGGAGUCUGUUUGGAGAGGAUUUUCUUCGGCGACCAACCGGCGUUGAACGAGGGACUGCUGAUCCGCAUGCUAGCAGCGAGCACGAGUCCGAGUCCGACGACGACGAGCCUGAAUGAUGCCCCCAUUACGAUCCUCUGCCAUAAUCACAUACCGGACAUUGAGAAAUGUAUUCGCUCCUUCAUUGUGGCACUCAAAGGCUGCACUGCCGUCAAAGGUGAUGAGGAUUUACAGUCGCUGGGAAACGCGUUGUCAGGCGCGCUGAAAUACGCCUGCCAACGCGACGGAGAUGGCAUCGUUAGGUUUGUCCAAGACGGCGGGACAGAGUGCCUGAAGGAACCAUACGACAGGAGCAUACUUGACUGCUUCCAGUUACGCGAUUCGCUCCUUCCACAGCUGCAGCAGGGAAAUGCUUCCAUUUUCGACGGGGCGAAUUGCAGGAUUCACCAGCAGAGUGACGACUGCGUCGUCCGCAUGUUCCAGCAGUGCACCACUCCGUCCAGCAGCGUCAAACAUCUCGUUGGCGGAUUACUUGGCGCUUUUAUGAACGAAACCAAAUGCCGCAAUAACAACAUCCAACAAGCUUUUAACGACGGCCGCUCUGGAGACACUCAUUCGAUUGUCCUCCUCUUGUGCAUGGCGCUACUACUACACUCAUUGGCGUGCCGGAUUGCCCAGGCAACAUUUUAACGCUCAUUUUCCAUUAUGUAAUACGUUGUCAAUCCAGGAAUUUUCAUUUUGUGCUAAAUAUACAAGCGUCAAUGUUACCA